CUCCCGACUAUGGCCAAGAGUGGAUUCUUGUGGCCGGUCAAUAUCAGAGAGCCACUGUGGAGGAGAGGUUGCCCGCUGAACGCAUUCCCAUAGUCUAUUUCCCAGACAGGGGACAUGAUAGACUGAGAGGAAGACCUUUUUCUUAAGCUCUCCAGUUUUUAAAAUCUACCUCCUGCAACUUUAAAGACUCACAGGCCAACAGAAGCCAAUCUUUGCCGAACUCAUGGAUUGGAAAUUCCUCCAGGGUCUUCUUAGCGGAGUCAACAAGUACUCCACUGCCUUCGGACGCAUCUGGCUAUCAGUGGUGUUUGUCUUCCGGGUGUUGGUCUUCGUGGUGGCUGCCGAACGGGUCUGGAGUGACGACCAGGGACACUUUGACUGCAACACCCGCCAACCAGGUUGCACCAACAUCUGCUACGAUUACUUCUUCCCCAUCUCCCACAUCCGUCUCUGGGCUCUCCAGCUCAUCUUCGUCACCUGCCCUUCCUUCAUGGUGGUGCUGCAUGUAGCCUACCGGGAAGAACGGGAACGCAAGUACCGAGCCAAGCACGGCGAGAACACUCGGCUGUACGACAACCCGGGCCAAAAGCAUGGCGGUCUGUGGUGGACUUACCUAAUUAGCCUCUUCAUCAAGACCACCUUUGAGAUCACUUUUCUCUACGUGCUUCACUACAUUUACGAAAGCUUCAAACUGCCCAGGAAGGUCCAGUGUGAUGUCAGUCCCUGUCCGAAUUUGGUGGACUGCUACAUAUCCCGGCCCACUGAGAAGACCAUUUUCACCUACUUCAUGGUGGGAGCGUCCGUUGUGUGCGUGGUGCUCAACAUCUGUGAGAUUUUCUAUCUGAUCGCUGCCCGCAUGGUGAACCUCAAACAACGAGGCAGCAUUCAGACUUCAUCUAGAAAGGUCCACCCUAAUAGGGACUGUGAUGGCUGCAAGUCAUCUCUUACAUCAUAACUGGAAACCAAGUAUAAACAAAUGUUUGACUUACAAUAUGUGAUCCUUUUUCCCCAUUGAGGAUAUUUUCAUUUAAAAAGUAAUUUUAUGUAUAAUUUUAUAUGUAAUAUAAAUAUAUUGUAUUUUGACACAAACGAUCCGAUGCUCUGCGCCAGAAGAAGACUGAAUCAUUUGAGCUGCUGUACAUCAUGAACUAAUCAAUCAUUAAAUGAAGAAUUGAAGGAUUGCUCGAAUUUGUGACCACUGUCAUUUUGGCAAUAAUGUGCCACAUACUCGUACAUACUAAACUGAUCACCUGCGUAUCAUUCAGGAUAUUUUUUGUAAUUGGGUACUUUGUCAAAUGUGUGUUCGGCAUUGACAUCUUCAAUGAACCUACAACGAGCAGGGCAGAUAUAAAUGGGUGCAGUAGACUAAAGUGAACCAAUAAAGAUGUAGAUGGUGGAUGCAACUUGUUUAGAAUAAAUCUGAAAAACCACAAUGUGAUGUUCCAAAAUGUCUUGGGUACAAAAUGAUCCACAUGGGAGUUACAUUAUUUGUAGUAUACCCAACCCAACCAAAGCUGACAUUGUUUGUUUCU